CUUUGACAAUUACACUCAUGUCUUGAUUUACCUUCCACAUAUAAACCACAUAAUUUCCUUCUUUUUUCAUGCUUUAUCAUUUUUCUCAUCAUUUCUUCGAACUCCAAAAAUGGCGGGUUUUUCCCAAUCUUUUAGACCCAAUUCUUCCUUUUCUUCUCCAAUCAUUUCUUCUUAUAACUCUUCUCAGCAACACUUUCUUUACAAACUUUUUCUCCUUCUCACUCUUCUUCCUCUUUCUCUUGCUCUGUUUUCUUUCUUCCUUCAAUGGCAAAGCGGGUCUAUCGACCCGAUUACCCGGUGGUCUUCUGAUUACCCUGAAAUGCAUAGUUCAUCUGAAAUUAAAUCAUCAUCUUCUAUUCAUUGUGAUGAUAAUUUAUUGGGUCAGAGAAUUUCCCCUGUUUUUCCGUAUUUCAGGGGUUGGAAUUUGAAGUUUAAUGACACUAAUCUUAGGCCCAAGGCAUGUAUCACAACAACCACUUCAGCAGGCCUAGAACAAAUUCUACCAUGGAUAUUUUACCACAAGGUUAUCGGUAUAACGAAUUUUUUCCUGUUUGUGGAAGGGAAGGCUGCAACCAUGAAUGUGUCUAUUGUCCUCGAAUCUAUUCCUGGUAUACAUGUUAUAUACAGAACCGAACAACUUAAGGAAGGACAAGCGAAAAGGUUGGAUUUAAAAUCAAUUUUGAUUCGAAUAUGGAACGAAUCAUGGCUGUCGAACUUUUUCUAUAAGCCCUGCAACAAUGAGCUGUUUGUGAAGCAAACCCUUAACAUGGAAAUGGCUAUAGGCAUGGCAACGGACGCAGGCAUGGAGUGGAUUUUCCAUCUAGACACAGAUGAGCUUCUGCAUCCUGCAGGAACUCGAGGGUAUUCUGUUACCGAACUGCUUAUGGAUGUUCCUGCCGAUGUUGACAUGAUUGUUUUCUCGAAUUAUGAAAGUGCUGUUGAAAGAAGUGACAUUAAGGAACCUUUCAGUGAGGUAUCAAUGUUCAAGAAAAACUUUGAUCAUCUUCCAAAGGAAACUUACUUUGGACACUACAAGGAAUCAACUCGGGGCAAUCCAAACUAUUUUCUGACUUACGGAAAUGGAAAAGCAGCUGCACGAAUUCAAAAUCAGCUUCGCCCUAAUGGUGCUCAUCGAUGGCAUAACUAUGUCAAACGUCCAAAAGAGAUCAAAAUGGAGGAGGCUGCAGUUUUGCACUACACAUACUCGAAAUUCUCCGACUUGACUUCAAGGCAUGAUAGGUGUGGAUGCAAACCUACAAAGGAGGACGUCAAAAGAUGUUUCAUGUUGGAUUUUGAUAGAGCAGCAUUUAUCAUUGCUUCUACUGCUACAGAAGAAGAAAUGCUAAGAUGGUAUCAGGAACACGUUGUAUGGAACGACAAAACACUGAAACAGAAGCUGUUGAAACAUGGCAUUUUGGAUCGAAUUUAUGCUCCAAUGGACAUAAUCCAAGGAUUAAGGGAAACUGGGGUUUUUGCUUCUGUUAUAGCAUCAGCGCAAACUGCUGCAUCCAAUCGAAGCGAUUCAGAUAAGAAUGUUAAUGUAGGAAAAUCGUUUCCUCGAAAGAUAGGCAUCGAAAAUCCAGGCAAUACACGACGAAAGGUCUUGAAAGACGUAGGAGAACUCGAACAGCUUCAAGCUAUCCCACCCUUGUCUCCCCCAGGCCCCAAUCACUGGUGAUGUUACUCAAGAAAAUUAGUCUUGGAUUGAUAGCACAAAUUUUGAUAGGUUUAUAUAUAGAAGUAUCAUGAUUCAUUAAGUAUGUUUUUCUAAUUCAAUUGAUUGAUGAGGAAAUAUGUGUAAAUUGGAGCUUAGAUUGGAUAUUACAACAUUGUAGAUUAACAUACACAAAUGUUGUUGAGAAUCAGGUCUUGUAACAGUUGAAAUAAAUACCAUAUUUUCUAGGCAAGAUUUUGGAAUCAAAUCUCACCUAACUCUCUCCUCCAUCAGCCUACCCUGUAAUCCAAAAGAAAAAUAUACAAAUGUAGUUUACAGUUGUGAUUGUAGAUAAAUCAUACAUAAUGUUAUUGAUUUGUGUGUU